GCAAGACAGAGAAGGAAGCAGACCUAGGCAGGGGGGCCAAGGUCAGAUGCCCAGUGAGAGGCCAGAAAAGGCCUGAACAGAGUUCAGUGGCAAACAAGCUGAGAAGAUGGCAUUUUAGGAAUCUAAACACAGAGAGGCUGGGCACAUGCUGAGAAGCUCAUUGCGGCAAAUUGUGUAAUAAAGCCUGCAAGUCCAGAAAAUCUGUUUGUUUAACCAAGAGAGUGAAAGGAGAUGCGUGCAAUGAGACACUUUUCUGUGAAGCUGAAUGAUGGGCACUCCAUGCCUAUUCUGGGAUUUGGCACCUCAGCUCCUAAUAAGGUUGCUAAGAGUAAGGUGGAAGAGGCCCUUGAGAGAGCAAUUGAUGUAGGCUAUCGCCAUAUUGAUUCAGCUUACCUGUACCUAAAUGAAGAAGAAAUUGGGAGGGCCAUCCGGAAGAAAAUUGCCAAUGGCACUGUGAAGAGAGAUGACAUAUUCUGCACUUCAAAGCUGUGGGGCACCUUUUUCCGUCCAGAAUUGGUCCAAACUGGUCUGGAAGUGUCACUGAAGAAACUUCAGCUGAGCUAUGUGGAUCUUUUUCUUAUUCAUUUCCCAGUAGCUUUGAAGCCUGGGGAGGAGAUUUUACCAAAGGACACAGAUGGGAAACCCAUUUUUGAUGCCGUGGAUCUCUGUACCACCUGGGAGGCCCUAGAGAAGUGUAAGGAGGCAGGAUUGGCCAAGUCCAUUGGUGUGUCCAACUUUAACUGCAAGCAGCUGGAGAUGAUCCUGAACAAACCAGGACUCAAAUACAAGCCUGUAUGCAACCAGGUAGAAUGUCACCUGUACUUCAACCAGAGCAAACUGCUGGACUUCUGCAAGUCCAAGGACAUUGUCCUCACUGCAUAUGGUGUCCUGGGCUCUGACCCCGAAAAGGAGUGGGUUACCAAGAACUACCCAGUUAUCCUGGAGGAUCCAGUGCUCAAUGUCAUUGCUGAAAAGCACCAGCGAACCGCAGCUCAGGUGGCCCUGCGUUACCAGCUGCAGCGGGGCUUGGUGGUCCUGGCCAAAAGCUUCACUGAGAAGAGAAUCCGAGAGAACUUCCAGGUUUUUGAUUUCCAGUUGACACCAGAGGAUAUGAAAACUCUAGAUGGCCUCAACAGGAACCUUCGCUAUUUUAAAGACACUUAUUUUGCUGAUCACCCAGAUUAUCCAUUUAAUGAUGAAUAUUGACAACAGUGUCAGAGGGUGCUCCAGAUUUUGGUUGAUGAUUGGAGAACAUCAAGGAUGAGAAGAUGUCUGAUUUAUUUUGUGCCCCUCAGCCUGACCAGUCACAAUAUGGCUUGAGUCCCUGGACCAGGAAAUAAAAGUCUCUAAACUUGUUCUUUUCCCCCCCUGGAAUAAAUAAUGAUACAGUUUGAACAACCUAA